AUGCCAGAACCUGAAAACGUGACUCUUCGGUUUGACCAGGAUGUCUACGGUACAGCUGAAGACCCUUUCAUGCAAGAUGAAGAGAAAAUCCCAAUAUCUGAGCUAAUUCCACGUAUAUUACUAGAGAGACAGUCUUUUCUCAAUGUGACUGAAGAACAACUCGAGGAAGAAAUUGCCAACAAGGGAUCCAAUGACGAGGAAGCAGAGGACCAUGAAGCUGCAGAAGCUGAAGAUACCGAGACAGCCACUCAGCUUUUCCAAAAACAGAAGUUUGAACUUCUAGGGCACAUCAACUUUGCCAUGAACGAGACCUCACUCUCAUUAGACUUCAUUUCCCUUCUAAUGUCUGCUGUGAAACCCAGCAUCACAAAGUCGACGAUAUCGCCACAUCUCAGUAAAGUGGCUCCUUUGGGAUCCUUGAACUCAGACAGAUUGAACCAGGAUGCUGAUGCUCAAGAACAGAAGAAUGCAAAGGAAGCAAAAAGAUCCAAGGCAGAGAACAUUGGCCUUGGCUGGAAAUACCAAUCGCUCAAUCACAUCAAAACGCUAUUUCAAUCGGCCGGUGAGCUGUUGCGCCAACAAGUCAAUAUAGAGCACAACUACUGGAACAUGAUUAACCAGGUAUUGGCUCAUGACGAGGUGCUUUUCAGAGUCAGAGACCCAUUGACGGGGAACCGUGCUAUUGGUGUGAAAUACGGCUAUGGAGACUCUGGUCUGAGCUACUUUGACCAGGGCUUGGCUGUGCUUCGUAAAGAUGAACUGACAGGAGAACUUACAUUUAGCCCUAUUAUGACGGGCAACCACAAGCUCAGUCUCAAGUCGAAUAAAUACACUCGAGUGAGGAUAUUGAGCAAGUUUGAUGACGAUUUUGUGUUGACUGGUCAGUCUGUGUUUGAGAAGAGCGUGUUGGAGGAAAAAAGCCAGUACAGAGUGAUCAACGAUAUUGAGAAGGCCCGGUACUUUCUUUUUGAGGAUGACCUCUUGUAUCAUCUCAUUAGGGAGGCCAAGUAUCUUAUCAACUAUAAUGUGUCAAUUAUCUCGAACAAGGUGAUUAUCGAGAUCCACGAUCUGGUGAUCGAGAUCGAGUCGGUCAUCUUUGAUGAGAACAAUGAAGAGGAGCUCGAAAACGCUUACCAGAACAUCAACAAGGAAUCUUCAAAAAAUAACGAAAAAGCACAAGCAAUCCUUACCUUCCUUAAGCUAAUGUUGUGCUGCUACUACAAGUACAACCUCGAAUUGAAGCAGAAGAUUCCAACCUCAUUCACCAAGUGGAAGCAAAACAACUCGCAUCCGUUGAUCCUCCGUCCGCUCAUAGGACACAUAAGGCAUGAGAUCAACGUCAGGAACAUGCACACAAUCAUUAACAAGAUCUACAAAAAGCUCAAUCUGGAGGAGUUCUCAUACGAGAUAAUCGAGGACAAGUACCUCAACCUCCGUAAGGGAAGUCCUGUCAAGAACCCUUUCCAAAAAGCGGUGGAGAAGCCACUUUCGAAAUUCAAGGUUAUUCUACAAAAACUCAAGACCAAAGAGCACCUCUUGGUCGAGCUUGAUGUUACGGCUGGAGACAUUUUCGUCAAUUUGAUCAUGAAUUUGACUGUUUCUAAAUAUGCCAACAUCGAGGACCUUCAACAAAACCAGCUGGGCACGAACGUGCUCCAAUCGAAGAGAGCUUGA